AUGGAGGACGAAAUGCCCAAGACCCUAUAUGUAGGGAACCUGUCAAGAGAUGUGACUGAGGCACUAAUCCUCCAGCUGUUCAGCCAGAUUGGACCAUGCAAAAACUGCAAAAUGAUCAUGGAUACAGCUGGAAAUGAUCCAUACUGUUUUGUGGAGUUUUAUGAGCAUCGUCACGCAGCUGCAGCAUUAGCUGCUAUGAAUGGACGGAAGAUAAUGGGUAAGGAGGUCAAAGUGAACUGGGCAACAACCCCCAGCAGCCAGAAGAAAGAUACCAGCAGUAGUACCGUUGUCAGCACACUGCGUUCACAAGACCAUUUCCAUGUCUUUGUUGGAGACCUCAGUCCAGAAAUUACAACUGAAGAUAUAAAAGCAGCUUUUGCACCGUUUGGAAGAAUAUCAGAUGCACGAGUGGUUAAAGAUAUGGCAACAGGGAAAUCUAAAGGAUAUGGCUUUGUUUCCUUCUUCAAUAAAUGGGAUGCAGAAAAUGCUAUUCAGCAGAUGGGUGGACAGUGGCUUGGUGGAAGACAAAUCAGAACUAACUGGGCAACACGAAAACCUCCAGCUCCAAAGAGUACAUAUGAAUCAAACACCAAGCAGCUGUCUUAUGAUGAUGUUGUAAAUCAGUCGAGCCCAAGCAACUGUACUGUAUAUUGUGGUGGUGUUACUUCAGGACUAACAGAACAACUAAUGCGCCAGACCUUUUCUCCAUUUGGGCAGAUAAUGGAAAUUCGAGUCUUCCCAGAUAAAGGGUACUCUUUUAUACGGUUCAAUUCUCAUGAAAGUGCUGCACAUGCAAUUGUUUCUGUCAAUGGAACUACUAUAGAAGGGCAUGUUGUGAAAUGCUAUUGGGGCAAAGAAACACCAGAUAUGAUCAAUCCAAUCCAGCAGGUCAGAGAGCAGAAUCAAAUUGGAUAUCCACAGGCUUAUGGCCAGUGGGGCCAGUGGUAUGGAAAUGCACAGCAAAUUGGUCAGUACAUGCCUAAUGGUUGGCAAGUCCCUGCAUAUGGAAUGUACGGACAGGCAUGGAAUCAGCAGGGAUUUAAUCAGACACAGUCUUCUGCCGCAUGGAUGGGUGCAAAUUACGGAGUUCCACCACCUCAGGGGCAGAAUGGAAGUGUGUUAACUAAUCAAACUGGAUAUCGCAUGGCAGGUUUCGAAACUCAGUGAGAGAAAAGGACUCUGGAACCUAACACCAGUGACUUGAGGCAACAAGGAGUGCUGUAAAGCCUUUGUUUACUUAGAUUUAUCAAGUCAGUGCAAAUGUCCGAUACAGUGUCUUUAUUUAAAGAAAUCAUUUUAAUCAUGAAACUAUUUGUCAUCCACAUUGUUUAAAAAAACAAACAAACGAAAAACUAGAUGCUGGAUGUCUGCCAACUUUUGCCUUCUUUUCCUCCUUUUGAUGUGUGUUUCUUAAGAUCCUUGUUUGAAACACAACAAAUGCAGGGAUUACUGCCACUGUUAAAUUGGGGCAGAAAAUUGCACAAAGUCAAACUUUUUUUUUUCUUCUGAAGUAGUGUGCAGUUUUAGUUUGCAUUCCUAAUGGUUUAAAAUGUAUUAUAAACAGUUGUACAAAAAAGCCAAAACUGUGUGAAUUCUGAAGGUUCUUUACAAUCUUCAGCCUGUGCACAAAUUAGUUUUAAAAAUAGCCUAUUGUAUAAAGUGUCCAUCUCUCCACUUUUGUUUAUACCAGGGUUUUCAAAUAUAAAUUAUUUUACAUCAUUUUGUAUCUAGACAUUUUUCAAACAGUUGUCUUUGCCUUAUGUCAUGAGGAAAAUGUGAUGCUCAGCAUAAAAUUAUGUGCACAACUCUCAGAUGGAUCUAACUGAAGUCACAUUGUGUUCUACGUGAGAAGGUGCCUAGAGAAAUCUCUGUUGGAUUUGUUCUAUAGGAUUUUUAUCUUCAGUGAUAAACUUGGAUGUGUACUAGGGAAUAUAAAAUCCUGUUACAAAUACCACAAUGUGACAAAUUCCUAAGAACCAGCUUUUUUCUGUCAAUCUACAUUUACACAUAUCCAUUAUCAUGUAAAAUAUUUUAGCAAACUAAUAUUUUGCACAAAAGUUAGAAAACUUUGUAUGUUUCCUUAUUUAAAGGUAGGAUGCAGAGUCCUUUCACGUGAUUUAUGCGUAACAUUUUUAAGGGUUUUUUUUGGUGUCUUGCAUGUGAAUAUCAAAUAUACACUUUGGUAGUCUUUGAAUACAAAGUCAUCCGCUCUUUUUUUAAAGAAACUGUAAAAGACACAAAGUUGUAUGUAGAAAACAAAUCAGUCUUGCUGUUUACUGAUAGUAAAUUUUACUCAAAUAGAGUAAGUUGACUUGAUUUUAACAUGUACAAUUAGAGCUGUGAAAACUGUAGCAUUGUAUGUGUAAGCAUCAGGCAGGGGGGGGGUAUGUGGAAUGCUCCAAUUUAGCCUGAAGGACCAGCUGGGCAAAGCAUUUUUAAAUGUUCAAAGGCCAAAAAACUUUCUAUCCUACCUCCUUGACCAGCCUUCAAAGAGCAAAAACUUCUUCAUUGUGUAAUGUUAUUUAUUAUCCCUAUUAAGCUUUGGCUUC